UUAGGAAGUUUUUAAAAGUUUGAGCUAUUUAACCUGAUAAACAGCGGUUAACCAGUUAAACGUGGAGGUCACCUAUAAUGGUGGUAAACAUUCCGGUAUACUCGUCUGCUAAAAAGGAAAGAACGAAAACAGUGUACCAGCACCAGUGGCUGUACUGGUCUUUUGCUUCAUCUGUCGUUGGUACAAUUGCCAGCAUUAAAAAAUAAACGACUAUAUCAUCCAAAAAAAGGCAUUGACAUGAGUCUCCUAUUGUUAAACCUGAGCAAACGGGAGUUUCUCAAAACAUACAGUUGCCAUAAAAGUAUUCAUAUUCUGAGUAAUACAAAACAAAGGGAAAUAUGUGGGUUAUUGCCACUGCUCGAAAAGGGUGGAAGCAAACAUCAAACUGAAGGUUUACCCUUUCAACAAAUUCGACGGCUCCAAUACAAAGAUUUUGGUCAUCGUCCAACGCCUACAUCAAAGUUUAGUGGAAUUUACUAUGGUAUUAUUGGUUGCGGAAUGUUUUUGGCACUUUUCUGGGAUGUUCCAAUCAUGCUGUUUAAAAAAAUCAAGGAUUCCAUCAAGCCUCCAAGGGUUGAUGCUGCUUCUCUAAAUGAAACAGACCAGGAUGCUGAGCACACUGAAGUUGAAGAGCAAAAUGAUAGUGUUGUAAAAUCUUCAAAGAAGUCAAAAAUUGGCUUCAGAGAAAGAAAAAUCAUUGAGUAUGAAAACCGAAUUCGACAUUAUUCAACACCGGACAAAGUUUUUCGAUACUUUGCCAGCCUUCAAGUUGUACAAUCCCAUGGAGAAGCAGAGGUUUACAUGACACCAGAUGAUUUUUUAAGAUCCAUUACCCCUGGAAUGAAACAACCUGAUGGGCUUGGACUUGACCAAUUUCGACGUUAUGAUCCUAAAACAAUGACUGAGCAGUUAAUCGGUGAGCUUGGUUUACGGGAGGAUAGCGUCUUCUUAAAGCUCGGCAGUUCGGGACUGAUUUCUUUUUCUGAUUACAUAUUUCUUCUGACUCUUUUAUCAACUUCCAGUCGGCAUUUUGAAGUUGCUUUCCGGAUGUUUGACUUCAAUGGCGACGGGGACGUUGAUGCUGAAGAAUUUGAUCAGGUGGCCACCCUUUUGCGACAGAAUACGACCCAUGGGUCAAGACAUAGGGAUACUACAGGAAACAGCUACAAGGGUGUGAAUUCUGCCCUCAGUACCUAUUUUUUCGGACCGAAUCGUGACCAAAAGUUAACGAUUGACAAAUUUCUCGAUUUUCAAAAGCAGUUAAAAGAGGAAAUUUUAACUCUUGAAUUCCGUCGAAAAGGCUUAAGUGACAACGCAAAGCUAUCUGAAGUCGAUUUCGCCGAAAUGCUCCUGGCUUACGCUGGUUAUCCGGACAAAAGAAAGACUCGCAUGAUCAAACGUGUUCGUAAAGGGUAUCAAGGCGAGAAGAACAUCGGAAUCAGCCUAAAAGAUUAUUUAGACUUUUUCCAUUUUCUGAACAGUAUCAAUGAUGUUGACACUGCGUUAACCUUCUACCACAUCGCUGGAGCAUCAAUCGAACCGAGUACGUUAAAGCAUGUGGCGCGAACGGUGGCGCAUGUCGAACUUGCUGAUCACGUUGUUGAAGUGGUUUUUACGAUAUUCGACGAAAAUCAGGAUGGACAAUUGAGUAACAGAGAAUUUGUUGCAGUCAUGAAGAACAGAAUGAUGCGUGGCCUCGAAAAACCCAAAGAUACCGGCUUCAUUAAGCUUAUAGAAUCUUCUAUAAAAUGCGCCAAACAAACCAAACCUGCCCUAUUGGAUUUUUAAUACUUCUGCUUUUAUCUGGCUUCCUAUUUAUUGCGCAUUUUAGGGACGGCUUAAGUGUUCAAACCUCUUUCCAGUUGUUCCAACCGUUUUGGUCUUAAUAUCUCAACAUUAAUGAUUGAUGUUUACCUAAAACUAGUUACAGAAUUCUUCCUAUGGCGAUUUGCCAAGAAACUCGAGAAACCGAUUCAGUAUAUAAAAGUUUUUUGUUUUUGUUAACAGUUUUCGAAUUUUUAUGAUGUUCUUUGAUGAAUAAAAAUAGCAAAGCAACGCACCUUACACUCAG